GCCCCCCCCCCGGGUGUAUGAAAAGCAGCUGCGCGGGGGCUCCGUCCCUCUAAACGCAGGCGAAGUCCAUUAAGCCGUCUUGCACCUUCCCGAGGCGUCGAUUCCGCUGCGUCCGGGACCCUCCGCUCGGUGGCGCUGCCAUGGUGAGUGGGCUCGUCGUCCUGGGGCGGGAGGGGGGCGGAAUGAAGGGGCUCCUAGGCGGGAAACGAAAGUGUGGGGAAGCGGGCGGAGCAAAGGGGCGAGAGGCGCGCGCGCGUCUCCGGGUCUGCAGCAUCAGCAUCAGCUGGAGGGAAAAAUGAGACUUUGUCCCCUGACAAAAGCUUUGAGUUUGCCAGGUGCUCAGUAGGUCAAGCGCCCCUCCUUACCUGUUGGGUUUCUGCCUGCCCUUGUGCUUGUCAGGGAUAUAAGGGACCAGUCCUAAGCGUAUAUAGACAGGCAAUAAUAAUAAUAAUAAUAAUAAUAAUUUUUUAUACCCCGUAGGGAUAGCCUCCUUCUUUCAUUGUCUUGGGCUUGGGGGGGGGGUGGCUUGUAGACUUUUUUAUUUUGGGGGGAAUAUUCUCAAGGUUGUUCCCCAGAGCUGUGGGGGGGGGGGAAUGGUAAGAUGGGUGUGAAGUGAGGACCAGUUUUAGACUUUAAAUGAUAACAACAAUAGUUUUAUUAUAAUGAAAAUUUAUUAUUUAUACCCCGCCCAUCUGGCUGGGUUUCCACAUGGGCGGCUCCCCACAGAAUUUCAAAAACACGAUAAAACGUCGAACGUUACAAACUUCCCUAAGCAGGGCUGCCUUCAGAUGUCUUCUAAAAGUCAGAUAAUUGUUUUAUUUAUACCCCACCCAUCUGAACGGGUUGACCCAGCCGCUCUGGGCGGCUUCCAGCACAUUUGAAAGCACAAUAAGAAGUCAGACAUUGAAAACUUCCUGAAACAGGGCUGCCUUCGGAUGUCUUCUAAAAGAUGUGUAGUUCUUUAUCUCCUUGGCAUCUGAUGGGAGGGCGUUCACCCUUCUGCAUGCAGGUCACCCAGACCACUUCUGUAUGGGCUGGGGCGAGUCCGGGAGGCAUAUUGUCAGAAAUACGUUUUUCAAUAUGCCACACUUUUCCUGGCAGUGGCUGAUGUGUGGCAACACUCUACAGGGGCAUGGAGCAUUUCCCCAAGUACUUUUGAUUUGUUUUCUGGCAUAAGCUACAGCAUGAGCCUCAUUUUAGGGGAAAAGGAAGGUAGAGGGAGAUGGGCCUGGGCAGUGGAUGACAGACACUUGUGGAAGUUAACUUCUGGGGGACAGGUCUCUGAGCAUAGGAAGAGAGCCCUGCAUUUGUCGCGUGGCUUUAAAAUUCACCUGUGCAGGGUGCGUUUUGCAAGGACGAUAAGGCAUCCCUUUUCAGACAGAUUUAUGGCCAGUGUGGGGGCCUUUGUCAGGUUUGCAACCAUUAUGAAUGACAGAGCUGGAUACGGAAUAUACAACUGAUUUUGUAAGAGACUUUGUCAGCCUCAGAUGCAAGCUACAUGGAGAUUGGUUUCUCCUGGUGACGGACAUAUGUUCACUUAAACUCUCUUCGGUUUCACAAAACUCUUCAUGGAGCAUGGUGGAGAAUGCCAACUCAACUUAAGGAAAAGAAAACAUCAGUUUGCAAGAGAAAACGUCAGUUUACAUGGGUUGUUCCUCCUCGAUUUAGUUGGAGUUGUAUUCUGUUGCUUCACAGGUGGGGUGUAAUUUUACACUACAGCUGAUGCUUUUGGGGGGGUUUGUUUAGGGGGAAGUUUACUAUUUUUUCAAAAAGUAAAGUUGGAAAUACCCUGUGAGUAGUGGUGAAAAUGCUCUAAAAUAUGAGGAGGGGUGAGGAGAGCAUACUUAUCCCCACCAAAGUUUGAGAUCCCCUGCAAAGUAUGAGAUUUUAAACUUUUUUUCUCUCUCUCUUUUUUGCAUCAGCACCUAAUGUUUAUGAGGAAGGUACAUGCCCUUCUUGGCUGCCUAGGCUGUCAUUCACUAUUUACAAGCAUCUCCUCCAAGUUGUUGGUGCAACCCCUUGAACCAGCUUUCCACACCCCAUUUGUUCUCCCUUCUUCAUUCGACAGCAAAUGCCAUUUUGCAUGAGGAAUGCUAACUUUUUUGCAGCCUUUCCGAGAACGCUAUGCACUUGCUUGGCUUAUAUUGGGCACGCAGGAGGCAAGAGAGUUCUGCGACACUUCCUUUCCACCUGUAAAACCCUGGGGGAACAGGAAGAAAUUUGAGAUAUUUUUAGAGAAGCAGUUUGCUUGGAAACAAAACUAGGGUGCUUUCCCUCACCAACGAGCAACUCAUUAAACAAAAUUAUUUUCAGGGUGGGUUUUUUUUUGGUGUACAUCUGGAACCAAACUCUUUCACUGACAUAGCCUAGUUUUAAAAAACUCUACCCCUCCUUAUUUGUUGAAAAACCAGUGCAUUUUUAUAUUGUUUCAAAACAAUAAAACAGCAAUUUACAGCUAAAGAAAUUGGGGGGGGGGGAGCAUUUGCUCUAUAUUUAGGCUUAUGACGAAGCUUUGUUUUCUUGUUUUUAUCUAAAGCACACAAACAGCUGGAUUAGAAAAUCUCUCUCUCUGUCUCUCUCUCGGCACAUGCUCAGAACAGUUUAUUGUUCCAUGAGUUUUUUCAAAUUUGGGUGCAGGUACCCUGAGAAGUCAUCAGUGUUCUUAGAAGCUCUGGGUUUGCUCUAAAAACCUACCACUUACUGCUUUCAUUUUUUUAAAAAAAAUGUUCAGAUCUGUUUGUUUAGAAAAUUAUUGCAAACCUUUUCUUUCUCCACUCAAUCCCACUUCAUUCUGCUUGCAUAUUUGUGGUCACUGAACGUGCCAAUAGUAUUUUAGGCAAAUGCAAGACAGAUAAACAUUCUGCAUUCCAAACUGGUCCCAGAAGAAGAAACAGCCUGUUAUGGGUUGUAGCGCUACAGAGUCCAAUUUAGUUUUCCAUUUUGGUGAAAGAAAAAGAGUGCCUACUUUUUAUCACAUUCCUUCUUGAUUGGACUAUAGGUUAUCCUGAACCAAGCACAUUGACCAAUCUGAUGGCAGGUGCACUUUUACCGAAUUUAAAUGCAGGGCAAUUUCAGUUUUACAACCUAAAUAAAGUAUUUACUUCUUAAUGUGACACGAUUUUAAAUUACAUGCCCACAGGGAAGCUGAUCAGCGUUGUUUCCAUGUUCUGUUCUGAGCAUGCCUUUUGAUUGGAGGAAGCCCAGAGCAUGAGUCAUGUGAGGAUGGGUCAUUCUGGUGCAUCUCCGUAUUAAGGCACUGAAUGCUCCUAUUGUCUGCAAGGCAGAGAUGGGGCAGAAUUGUCUGUCCCUCUGUAGAGGCUGAUUGGAAGGAGGCAAAUCCAGACCAGUGACUCAUACAGAGACACAUCAGGCAGCUUCUGCUCAAGGCAGACAAUUCCACUGUAUCACUCCAUUGGGAAUGACUGAUCCAAUCACACUUGGUGCAGAGGCGAGGCCAGAGUAGCAACUCACACCAGACACACACACACACACACACACACACACACGAUCCUGUGUGGAACUGCCAGCUUAGAGGCAGCCAUUACAUUGUUUUAAAGAAUAAAAACAGCAUAUGGUGGCACAGAUUACUCCAGUCCUGUAAAAUUCAGGAGUCAGCAAACUUUUUCAGCAGGGGGCUGGUCCACUGUCCCUCAGACCUUGUGGAGAGGCUGGACUAUAUUUUGAAAAGCAAAAAAAGAAUGAAUUCCUGUGCCCCACAAAUAGCCUAGAGAUGCAUUUUAAAUAAAAGGACACAUUCUACUCAUGUAACACACUGAUUCCCGGACAGUCUGCGGGCCAGAUUUAGAAGGCGAUUGGGCCAGAUCCAGCCCCCGGGCCUUAGUUUGCCUACCCAUACUGUAAAUAAAUGGCUUCCCCUCCUGUUUGGCAGGGUGAGACUCUUGCCACAGGCGGCAGAUCUGAACCCAAGGUGUGUGCCAUGCUUGCCAUGCCUGUGGUGGUGUGAGUACAGGAGGGGCAAGGGCAUGGAACUGUGGUGAGAUGGCAGCAGUAGCAGGGGGCGAUAGGGCAUUGUGCUUCAAGUGGCAAAAUGCCCUGGGCUGGCCCUGUGGCUUAGGGAUGGGUCUUAGGUGCCACAGGUGACCAAAUGUGGCUAUAUACAAAUAUAGGGCGAAUAUGGAGAAAUGUGCCUAGAGAAGACCUUGUUGACAGAUUAAGAACCAUCAGAUCUCUGGCUCCCGAUAGUACCAACCCAAGAGGUUUUAAGAAACAAAUAAGAUGUUGCUGAUCUUUUAAGAAAAACAUGCAACCUCUCCUGAAAAUCAGCCUCUAUAGCUGAAGGCUGCAAAGUAACUAAUGCAAGACUAUUUUCUUAAAAAAGGCAUCUGGGAAAUUACAGGCCAGCUAGCAGAAAGCGUGAUUAAGGAUAGAAUUGCCAAGUGUAUAGAACAAGCCUUACUGAAGCAGAACCAGCAUAGCUUUCUAUCUAAUCUUUUAGAUUAAUUUGAGAAUGCCAGUAAGCAUAUGGAUAGGUGUGAUCUAGCAGACAAUGUGCGUUUUGACUUUCAGAAAGCUUUCAGUAAAGUUCUUCGCCUAGAGGCCAAGGGCCCAGUCCUGGGGGGCACAAAAAUCACCUAUCAGACUAUGGGAUUUUGACGUAUGCUGUUAUGGUGAGAUCAAACACAGAAGAAGCUUCCUGUCCUUCUCACACCGUGGCACAAAGGCAUGUGGUAAAGCGAUUUUUCCUCUUGGGGAGUGCUGCAAGGGACCCUAUGUACACCUCUGCCUUCACCAAAGACUCCAGAGUCAGUGUAGCAGUCAUGGAAGAAGAGGAGAGAUCCUUUUGUAGAUCAGUAACUGGUUAAAGUUUAGGACGCAGAGAGUAGGGGUACAUGGAUGGUCCUCUCAAGGGAGGGCUCUAAGAUGUGGGGUCCCCCUAUCACUGGUAUCGGUACCUGUGCUUCUUAUCUUGUUCAUAAACAAUUUGGACCGAUGGGUGAAACAUUACAUAGCCGAGCUUGCGGAUGGCACCAAAUCGUUCAGGGUGGUAAGAAUAAAAAGAAGAUUCUGACGAGCCUAAAAUGAGUAUCUCCAAACUGGGUGGAUGGGUGUUAAAAUGGCAGAUGUGAGUCGACGUAAGCAAGUGUAAGGUAAAGGUAAAGGGAGCCCUGACCAUUAGGUCUAGUCGUGGCCGACUCUGGGGUUGCGGCACUCAUCUCGCUUUAUUGGCCAAGGGAGCCGGAGUACAGCUUCCGGGUCAUGUGGCCACCAUGACUAAGCCGCUUCUGGCGAACUAGAGCAGCGCACGGAAACGCCGUUUACCUUCCCACCGGAGCAGUACCUAUUUAUCUACUUGCACUUUGAUGUGCUUUCGAACUGCUAGGUUGGCAGGAGCUGGGACAGAGCAACGGGAGCUUACUCCGCCGCGGGGAUUCGAACCGCCGACCUUCCGAUCAGCAAGCUCUAGCCUCUGUGGUUUAACACAGAGCAAGUGUAAAGAGGGCAAUAAAUGGGGCAAUAAAUCCUGACUUCACAUAUACAUUGACGGGGUCUGAACUGACUCAUCUUGGAGUCACUGCACAUUUUUAUCGAGCUGUGAAAUACUGUGCACUACCUCCAUCCAGUCUUGGAGGCUGUUGCCCAGGUGCGGAAGUAGGGAGAGAGCUAUUGUGUUUGUGUUCUGCUUUUGGGGGAGCUUUUCAUCCUUGAGAAAAGGGUGCUGGAUUAGAGGGGAGGUAGGUUCGAUCACAUUUUAAAAAGGCUUGCUGGUGGAUCAUGCGUGAACAGGAGUCAACCAGUAACCAAAAAUGAAAAACACAUCACUCAGCAAUUGGCAAAAGUAGAAAGCAAUCUUGUGACAACUUGUAAGAAGAAACUAGCAUCCAACUUUCCAUUUGAUGUUCGCAGUUUUCAUUUGGCACAGAAUGAAGAGCUUGAAGUCUUCUUCUCAGUGCACUUUUUCCUCACACAGAAGUGUCGUAGACCAUUUCGGCUCCUGGUGCCUUUUUCUGUUGUUUCCCUUAUUUCGCUGCAGCUUUUCAAUCUCGGUUCACCUUGAAUACUGUGAGUAGCAGUUUGUACUGUAGACCCUUCAGUGGAAUGUGGAAAAUGUGUUGUGUAGGAGGUAUCUCUAGUAGUUACUUAUGAUCCAGCUGUUUCUUAGAGGGUUUGUAGGAGCAGGCUUCAAUUAAUUUGGACGUCUCUUUGGUAAGUUUUAUUCACUGAAAUCAGCUACACUUAAAUUAGUUGUGUGUCCCAUUUAUUUUAGUUGCAUGGACUUCAGUGGGCUUUCCAACAAGGAUUGCUAGAUAUGAAUCCAGGCCGUUGUAUAUUAUUAUAUGUACACAGCAUUGGGUUUGAUCGUAGAGAAGGUGCUUAAAAAAUUUAUACCGUUAAAACGAUACUGAUUUGUAAUGCAGGGACUUAUAAGGCAGUGGUUUUGGCUUGUAUGACAGCGCAGGGCCAUUGCAUUGCAGUCGUCGUCGUCUUCUUUUUGCAUUGCAGGACUGGGAACUUGGGUUCCCAACAAAUAUGACAAUUAUCUGCAGUCUGUAAUGUAAAGGUUGUGGGGGCUGGGGGAGCUAGCUAAGCAGCUGUGCCCUCCUUGCUAUUUGGUCCCUCCCUUAUUGCUUGUCGGUGUGGUGCGGUACAGGGAAGGAAAGUGAGGAGGGGGCCUGUUUUGUGCAGAAUGGGACAAAUUGUUCCGCACUGGAAAACCAUCCAAGUUCUCCUCUUUAGACUGGCUUGUGUGGUACCAUUGUCCUUGCCUCCUCCCCCUCAUUUUUAACACAAGCAUUUAUUAUUUCAGUUUCACUUGCAAAACAAUUGGUGCUCACAGUGUAUGCCCUCCCACCCACAAUUAUUGUUUUGUUUUGUCUUCUGUGUGUGUUUUUUUAAGCCAUUGUUAACCGCUGUUCCCCAGGCAGCUGUUUUUGUCAAAAUAGUGCAAUAGCUACUCAAACGCCCUUGUAUUGACCAAACACAGGCAGCAUCUUCAAUGUGUCUUGAAACUGGACACAGGAACAGAGAUGGCUUUUCUUUUCCCCUCACAUUGUAAUACGAGUCUUAGUCGACUUGUGCCGCUUGGUCUUCCCUGCUUCUGAGUCAACAAAAGUAGUGAAUGGUUUAUCCCUUUGGCUGUAAUAACUACUUUGAUAGUCAUUAAGGCGUCACAGAUGCCUUGUUUAUCUUCAAGGAUCUGGGAGACAUGUAGUUAUAGAAUUGCUGAGCUGGAAGGGACCUCUAAGGGUCAUCUAGUCCAACCCCCUACAAUGCAGGAAUAUCAACUCACACAUCCAUGAGAGAUGGCCAUCCAACCUCUGCAUAAAAACCUCCAAGAAAGGAGAGUCCGCAGCCUCCUAAGGGAGACUGUUCCACUGCCUGACAGCUGUCUUACUGUCCUUCUUGAUGUUUAGUCAGAAUCUCCUUUCUCAUAACUUGAAUCCAUUGGCUCAAUUCUUGCCCUCCAGAGCAGGAGAAGACCACAUUGCUCCAUCUUCCAUGUGACAUCCCUUUAGACACUUGAAGAUGGCUAUCCUGUCUCCUCUGUCGCCUCUUUUCCAGGCUAAACGUACCAAACUCCCUCAACUGUUCCUUAUUAGGCUUGUUUUCCAGACACUUGAUCAUCUUGGUCUUCCUCCUCUGUACACGUUCCAGCUUGCCAAUACAGUGGUACCUUGGGUUACAGACUCCGCUAACCCAGAAAUAGUAUCUCAGGUUAAGAACUUUGCUUCAGGAUGAGAACAGAAAUUGCGUGGCGGUGGCAGCGGGAGGCCCCAUUAGCUAAAGUGGUACCUCAGGUUAAGAACAGUUUCAGGUUAAGAACGGAUCUCCAGAACAAAUUAAGUUCUUAACCCGAGGUACCACUGUAUCCUUCUUUAAUUGUGGCACCCAGAACUGGACACAGUAUUCCAGGUGUGGUCUGACUGAGGUAGAAUAGAGCGGUACUAUUAAUUCCCUUGAUCGAGACACUAUAUUUCUACUGAUGCAGCCUAGAAUAGCAUUAGCUUUUGUGCUGUUGCUGCAUCACACUGUUUACUCAUGUUAAGCUUGUGGUCUGCUAAGGCCCCUAGAUCCUUAAAUUGCAAUCUCAACCCCCUGAUAAAGGCUUCUAAAAGCUUGCUUUGGUGGUUGUGAAACAACUGUGUGUAAUGUCUCUGAAAUUCAGAAGAGCAGGAGUGCCUUCCAGGUGUUGCUGUUGCAGUAUCACUCCCAUCAUCCCUGGCCAUCAGCCAUCUUGGCUGGGACCAGUGGGGACUGGAUAUCGGACAUCUGGGAGCGUCAGGUUGGCUACUCCUUCUUGCUAACAGCAGCACCCAACUUCUAACAGCUUAAGACUCACUCUACCUCUUUCCAUCUCUCUUCAUCCUGCAUCUUCUCUCAAACUCUGCACCCAGCUUGUGGGUUACCACCUUUGUUUUCUGCUUCCGUCGCCCAUGGCAGAACCGGCCCCGUGGCAUUUUUGCUGCCCGAGGCUGAACAUCAACCAUCACUGCACCCCGCCAAGUCAUAGCCUAUUAGCCAAGUUAUUUUAGUACCUGAGCCAGAAAAAUCCCACAAGUGCCUCUCCCUAGGAAUUCCAAGACAGUAAUAACCAAUUAAGUAACAAUGUGUUGUCUGAGGCAGCUGCCUCCCUCUGCCUAAAGGUAGAGACUGGCUCUGCCAAGGACUCGGCACACCUGGGGAAGCCUGUUUUGUUUGUUUUUUUGCUAAAGCCGGCUGCUUCUGCAAAUUCUCUUUGAGCCAUGAUCUUUCUCUCUGGUCAGGCCCACACCUUUUGCUCCUCUGCCCUCUCUCGUCGGAUUUUUGCCUGCUCUGCUCAUUUAGCUUAGGGACGUGGGUGGCGCUGUGGGUUAAACCACAGAGCCUAGGGCUUGCCAAUCAGAAGGUCGGCGGUUCAAAUCCCCGCAACAGGGUGAGCUCCCGUUGCUCGGUCCCUGCUCCUGCCAACCUAGCAGUUUGAAAGCACGUCAAAGUGCAAGUAGAUAAAUAGGUACCGCUCCAGCGGGAAGGUAAACGGCGUUUCCAUGUGUUGCUCUGGUUCGCCAGCAGCGGCUUGGUCAUGCUGGCCACAUGACCCGGAAGCUGUACGCUGGCUCUCUCAGCCAAUAAAGCGAGAUGAGCGCCGCAACCCCAGAGUCGGCCAUGACUGGACCUAAUGGUCAGGGCUCCCUUUACCUUUACCUUAAGCAUCAAAAUUCUGCACCGAGAAAAGCUGAACUUGGCAGGUUACACACUGCACACACUGAGAAAUGUUCUUAUUCUGCUUAUUGCAGGAAGGGGGUAAAGAGGGCUGUGUGUAGGGUAGGACUUUCACUACCAUUCAGCCCCGUUUUGAGUUUGGCCAUUUCACCAGGCUUCACAGUGGGAAACUGAAGACCGCGGUUUUUUAAAAAAUGGCCAAUGUUUGCACAGAAUCUGCCCAACUCUGCUGGUACUGUGGUCUAUCUUCUCAGGGGUUCCUCUCCCUUCUUCCAGCCUUUGCACCACCUCAAUACAUUUGUCACACAGCACCAGUCAUAAGAUAGGGACGUCAGUGGUGCUGUGGUCUAAACCACAGAGACUAGGGCUUGCCAAUCAGAAAGUCAACAGUUCGAAUCCCCGCGAUGGGGUGAGCUCCCGUUGCUCGGGCCCUGCUCCUGCCAACCUAGCAGUUCAAAAGCAUGUCAAAGUGCAAGUAGAUAAAUAGGUACCACUCCAGCAGGAAGGUAAACGGCAUUUCCGUGCACUGCUCUGGUUCACCAGAAGCGGCUUAGUCAUGCUGGCCACAUGACCUAGAAGCUGUACGCCGGCUCCCUCGGCCAAUAAAGUGAGAUGAGCGCCGCAACCCCAGAGUCGGCCACGACUGGACCUAAUGGUCAGGGGUCCCUUUACCUUACCAGUCAUAAGUCCUUGCCUUCACACCAAAGUAUCUCUUUGGGGAAGAAAAAGAGAGAGGUUGUGUGUUAAUGGUCACACUUGAGAGAGCCAGCUCUUCUCUCGCUUCCUCUGCUGCUUGUGGGGACAGCGAGUAUUUUGCAUCUUCAGUUUCAUGCCAUUUUUCGUUUGUUUUAAGCUUCUGAAGAAGGAAACUUUGAAACGGCAUGCCCUCUGCCACAGCUGAUGCUUCUGGGUGGGAGAGCCUGAAUUGCUUGUGCUUGCAUGCGUGUAUUGAUCGAGGGAGGGAGAAAGCGGGUUACCUCGUAAACUGGAUCAGGCCAAAGGCCCAUCUUCCUUUUGCCCAUCCAGAUGCCCAUGGGAAGCCCAGAAGCAGGGCUUUCCCUACCUGCGAUCCCAGUCAGCUGGUAUGCAGAACCAUACUUCUUCUGACACUGGAGGGGAGAACGCAGCCAAUGUGGGUGAUCGCCACCGAUAUCCUCCACAAACUUGUUGAGCAAUCACUUCCUGUUGUGGGAACCAAUUCCCUAGUUCAGGGUUUCCCAAACUUGGGUCUCCAGCUGUCGUUGGACUGCAACUCCCACCAUCCCUAGCUAGCAGGACCAGUGGUCAGGGAUGCUGGGAACUGUAGUCCAAAAACAGCUCAUUUCUCCAUCUUGCUUUACUGGCAGGAGGCAGGGAAACACUGAACAUGCAACGCACCAUUUUCAUGGUUUGUUACUAGGGAAGAUUUUGGCAGCCAUACAGCCCACCCCCUGGUAAAAGCCACUUAGGCCGCAAGACGAUAUGGGGCUGAUCAGAACUUGGAUGCAAGGUGCUCUCUAGAGGAAGAUUAGUACAUAAAUUAAAGGUAUUUGUGGCAUGAGGUUCUGUAGGCCUCAAGAAACGUUCGUCUUCAAAAGGUGCCAUAGGGUGUGUGGUUCCCUCCCCCCCUUUUCCCCUACAGCAGAUUAACAGGGCUGCUGCUUCUGGAAUGCACCAUGUUCUUAGCUGACAUAAUAGCAUCAUUUAAAAGCCAUCACUGGGCCAUUUGUGCCCAUCUGAAUAGCCCAGCAGCAGCAGCAGCAACAAAAACAAAAAUCCCCUCUCUGGUUCAGACUGAAAACAGUGGCCCUAUUAUUGAGGGCCCAAAGAUGGUAUCUCUCUCUGGAAUGUUCCGGCUGAACUGCGCACAACUAUUCCUUUUCUUUCCCUUCCCUUCCAGAACAAAGGCUUCGGCCGGAAGAGCCACACGUUCCUGCCCAAGAUAUUUAGGAAAAUGUCUUCCCAGCCCAAGGAGCGCCCCGAGAGCUUGCAAUUCCCUUUCCUGGACGACAACGACACCAUCGCCACCAUCCGGGAGUCGAAGACGUUGUUCAUUCUGCGGGGCCUGCCCGGCAGCGGGAAGUCCACUUUGGCGCAGGCCAUCCACGACAAGUACAAAGAUGCUUGCAAGGUCAUCUCCGCUGACAACUACAAAAUCCAGCCUGCUGUCCGGAGCGCCAUUCCCGACGACUACAGCAAGGUCGACGAGGACCUAGGCGACUACUGCAAGCGUGACAUCAGCGUGCUGGUGGUCGACGACACCCACCAUGAGAGGGAGCGCCUGGAUCAGAUCUUCGACAUCGCCGACACCUUCCGCUACCAGGUCAUCAUCGUGGAGCCCAAGACGACGUGGAAAAUGGAUUGCUUGCAGCUGAAGGAUAAGAACCAGUGGAAACUCUCGGCAGACGAGCUCAAGAAGCUGAAGCCCAGUUUGGAAAAGGAUUUCCUUCCCUUGUAUUAUGGGUGGUUUUUGAGCAAAAGGAGCUCAGAGAACUUGCGGAAGACCGGGCAGGCAUUUUUGGACGAGCUUGCCAGUAUCAAAGUCUUCAGAAAGGAAGCUAAGCACUGUGGGUCCCCCCAAAACAUGUUUGGCUUUUGUGUCAGAUUUGCCUUCUACUAACUAACCCACGAGACCUGGCUUUCUACUAGUUGAGCAUAAGAUAAGCAAUUUCUAUCUAGCUCCCAUGUUGUUUCCUUUGAGGUUAAUUGAUGGUACCCUAUACCUGUUCAGCAAACUCUCUCUUUUUUAAGAUAUCCAAGUUUCCAGUUGUCCUGUUGACGAGAAAGCUCAUUACCCAUUUGUGCCGCACCCUGUUGAAUCCAAUAAUUACUGAAUCAUUUGGGGAAACAAAAGGAAUUAUGCAGAAUCAAUACUCUGUUAAUUCUGAGUGAAUAUUGUUAAGGGAGACACUGGUGCAGAACCCACAAGUUCACCCUUCGAGAAUGUUCUGUGUGCUGCAGGUUUGGGGAACUUGUGCAGUCCUCUUGAAGUUGCUAGAGCUCAACUCCCAUCAUCCCUAGCCCUUGGCCAUGCUGACUGCGGCUGAUGGGAGUUGUAGUCCAACAAUAUCUGUAGGAGCAAACAUUCCUCACUCUUGCUGUGAACGAAAGGGUUCUGUUCUAACAUCUAAAGCACUUAGAUGUUGUGGGCCACUGCCUAAUCCUGCCCAUGUUCCCUGAGCUCCUGCCUCCAAAUAUGCACCCAUGUUACCAAUAAGACCAGCCCCUCUUCCCCAUCCUACAAUAGCAGCAGCCUCCCAAUGGCUGCAGGGACCCCCAGUCCAUCUUCGUUAAAGACGCUGCCAAGAAAUCAGCCCCCAUUGGGGAGUAGCAGGGGAUCUCCUUCCCGCCUCUCCUUCGCUUCAGCAGUUCUGUUUUGAGGCGUCUCAGUGUUCUCCAAUGUUUGGUUUCGGGAGGCUGUGCAGAAAGCUGCUCACGUUCACUCCUGGAUCAAAUCUAUAGGCAGGCUGUGGGUGUUACGAGCCAGAAACAAGCUUUAGGUUGCACUAUGGAAUAUCAAGUCCCAAUUAUCUUUUUUUGCAUUGUAUAUCCCAAAAUAAGUUAGUUCUGCCCUAGGGAAAGCCACCGCACUGUGCUAGAAUGAAUCCUCUAGCAUCCUCCCUCCACCUCUGUGCCAGAGUAGUGGAAAAUUUAUGGCACAAGCUGGGACCAAGGAGAGCUGCCACUGUCACCACCACCAGCUGUAGAAGUGCCAUGCUGGGCACCUGCAUGGUCAUAGACUCCUAGAAUUGUAGAGUUGGAAGGGACCCCAUGGGUCAUCAGGUCUUAAGCCCCUGCAAUGCAGGAAUCUCAACUGAAGCAUCCCUGGCACAUGGCCACCCAACCUCUGCUUAAAAAGCUCCAAUGGAGGAGAGUCCACCACAAAAGUCUACAAAAGAACCAGAGUGCUCGUCGCAAGGACUAUGCAGCUCAUCCACACUGCCUUCCCUGUGCAGGGCUUAUGACACUCUGGUGCUUGCCAACCUAGUAGCAAAGUAGGAUCUUACGAACAGGAUUGGGUGGGGCCUCCUGGCUUGGAAGAACUUGGCUUUCUAGCUUGAUGGCAGAAACAGAAGCCCUGUCCAAAGCCUGACAUGUCUGGACCCUUGGCUACAUAACACCCCACCCCAUUGUGGACCAAGAGCAGGUGAAUUGCGCAACCUGUGCCUGUAGGUUAGGUAACUUUUCCCAUGUGCAUAACUUGUACAUGAUGCACAGAUUCUGCUACUCGCAUGGAGGGCAGAGCAGCUCUUCAGCACCACCUGAGUUUGGACCACUGACAAAUCCAUGUUCUCUCCCAGCAAAUCUUUUGUGGUUUUGGGCAGCCAUUGCCCCAUUUGCUUUCAAAACAUAGAGUCUCUCAGGUGGGGUAGGGAGGCAGGCCCUUUGGACCACAGAACCACGCAAAAUGGAUGGGUUGAGGCUCUUUAGUGAUUCUUACUUCCUUUUGUUUAAUGAAAGCCAAUAUUUCAUGGAUGUUAAAUGCUAUGUUUUUUCCCCUGUGUGCGCAUGGGAUGUUUCAACAUAUGUGCCACACAGCCCUACCCAAAAGGGAAUAUUUCCCAUCCAUUAGCCACCCUCUAUUUCCAGGAACAGGGCACCUUUAAAUGUGCCACAACUGGCAAGUCAUCUUAAAGAUGUUCCCCAGUUACUGGCAUCAAAUUGCCCCUAAUGAAGCCAACCCAGCUUGGUGGAAUGCACUCUCCAAGUUUACCACCGCAUUCCUAAGCUAAGCUGCAGCAACACUUGCAGUUAGAAAGUUAGCACCCACAUCUUGGUUAAAUCUUACGAAUGUCGUUUCUGCAUCUACGCAGUGCCCUUGCCGUACUAACACAUUCAGUCUGCUUUCCAUUUGGAUCCCUAAGAAAUGAUAAAAUGAUUUGGACAAUGCUACUUAAGGAGAUAGCCUGCAUUGGCAAGGCUACCAAGACUCCACGUGCCACAGAUUCCUUGGCUAGCAGGCUGCAUCCCUUGUUCUCCUCCUCCAUUGUAACGUCUCUGGAAUUACAAACACUGCAAUACAACAUAGCCAGCUAGCAGGUGUCUUCACCCCUACAAAUGGCAGCCCAUGAAGCUUGAUCGGGGUGGAGAACCGUUGACCUUCCAGAUGUUCUCAGGCUCCUAACUCCCAAGAGCCCCAGCCAGCAGGGCCCAUGAUCAGGGAUGAUGGGGAAUUGAAAGUCUGAUAUUAUCUGGGGGUGGUGAGUGGGGAGCACAGCUUCCCACCCCUCUUCUAAACAUUAUCCAGGGGGCAGAUGGUGUAAGCUGCUGCUUUUGUCAACAGCCACACUGCUCCUGCGAAUGUGCACUUACGGCCAAAAAUGCUCAUCCAUGCUGAACUGUUUGAAGUUGACCCCUUCCACAGUUGUGUCCCCACUGCAUAUUAAUUCUUUAUUGCAUUACCAAGACUUAGCAAGGGCUGUGCUUAAACACUUUAGGCACCUGGCCUCCAAGCAGUGAUUAAAAACUGCGAGAAAUUUAACAUAACUAGACAGCUGCAGUUUUCUUUUUCAAAAAAUUAAAUUUAUAUUAAAUUUUACAAAAAUGUGUACGUUGCAUGUGUAUAGUGUAUAGUCUUAAUCAAAUGCCAGUAUCUGGUUUCAGUAUAUUACCUGGUCUAUGGAAGUUCUAAAAAUUAGCAAAGGGAGAGCCAGAUCUUGUUAAUGCCCACUCUUUUCCAGCUUUAAACUAACCCUGCACAUUGUCCUAAGUAAAAGAAUAAUAAUACCGUAUUGGCCUGAAUAUAAGCCUCACUUUUUUCUCUCCAAAUUUUGAUGCUGAAAAGUUAAAGUGCGGCUUAAAUUUGUGACCUUCGAAAAAUGGCUUUUAUGAUAUCGCUGCUGAAACAGACAUACGGUAAAACAGAAUGGGUGUGAGUGUCUGCGGAAUUUUAAGGGAGUGGCUUAUAUGCGCGUAUUGUCUUUUCCCCCAUUGAAUUUUCAAGGUGUGGCUUAUUUCCGGGUGCAGCUUAUAUUCGGGCCAAUACGGUAGUGAUAAUUGGGAUGGGAAAAGCAAGUGGGAAGAAAUAACAAAAUCAGUUUGCAAGACUCAUUAUUUUCCUUCUUCGUUUGCAGUUGGACAACCCAGCGAAGACCCCAAAGCAAAAAUUGACUUGACCGGCUACUUUGUGAAAAGGCCACCGGGGGUCUUGCACUGUACCACGAAAUUCACCGACUACGGGAAGGCUCCCGGAUCAGAUGACUACGCACAGCAGGAGGUGAUGACUUUGCUUUCAUCCACUCUGACCAGGAAAAAGGGAUGGUUCUUGUAGGAGCUUUCCGUAUGUUCUUGCGUUGGAAACUGCAACUUCUUCACCCUCCUCUGUCUUUUGAGAUGGGAGCGGACCAUUUCCAAGGGAAUCCAUAUGUAUCCUUGCAGUUGCACCCAGCGCUUUGAGUGCAGAAUUCCUUUUGCACUCCGGGACUUUCCCCUUCCUCUCCCCUCCCUGCAUGCCCUCAAAAUCUGCUCCGGAAGGUCCGCCAAACUUCUAGAACAGAUUUUGAGAGUGCCUGGGGGGCUACAGGGGAGAGAAUGUUAUGUUGUACUAGUGGAACAGUCGGGAUGAAUAUGACCCUGGGUGCUCAGCUGAGGUUUUUAAAAAUCCAGUCAAGAAAGCAAACAGCUCAGCAGAGAGUAUGCAACUCAAUUCAAGUCCCUACAAAUGACAUGUUACAUAAAUCAAGUCAAUCUUGCAUAUAGUCACUUUCGAAACUUGCCUUGAGAUUUUGCACAAAUUCUGGUUUGGGUUUUUUUGUUUUUUAAAGUCAAUAAGAGAUUCCAGUAAAGUCCCCAAAAUGAAAUGUGACUUGUAUGUUGUAAGCAGACAUAGCUGGAAACUAGAACAAAUAGUUACAGACUCUGCACAGUUACCCCUUCCUCCCCUUCACUUGGGGAGAAGUACCUGAAUAAGAUUGCAUACAUCUCCACAAUCACAUCUCCCAGAUUUAUUAAUUUUUUAAAAAAUAUAUUUAUGCUUCAAGUGAUCAUUCCUUAUUCUUCCUUCCUUUGAUUUUAUAGUGCUUGUUGUUUUGUUGUUAACUGCUCUGCAAAUACCUGAAUGGAAGGGCAGGAUAUACAUUUGCAAAAAUUUAUUUUGAAACCUUGGCAGACUGGCAAAUGGCUACUUGCAACCAGACAGUGAAGCUUUUGUAAAUUAGAUGACACUAGCUUUAUGUCCCACUUUAUCUUAGGCUGCAAUCCUGUGGUUUCUGGGAUGGUGUUCCUGUGUGUGUGAUAGCUUUUUGUGUUCAUGGAAGCCAAGCUAGUUUCUGUUUUUACGCUGUAGGCUAGUAACUUUUGCAGAGUUCUUUGCAAGGCUGUUUUCAGUCGACUACAGCAAAAGCCUCCAUGGAUUUUAACGAGCAAGUCUAGUAAUUUAAACACAACCAAUAACUGAUGAAGCAAGACAAGUCUUAAAAUAAGUCUUUGACUGCACUGGCAGCCCUAACAGAAAUCCUUUCUCCCCUCCACCCCACUCAGGCUGUUAAAUCAUCUUAUGGAAAAGCCUUCUUCCUGACCAUCUCUGCUCUCUUCAUCACACCGAGAACGGCUGGUGCCCGCGUGGAACUAAGCGACCAGCAGAUGCUUCUGUGGCCUGGUGACGUGGACGUGCUUCAGCCAGCCGUCAGCCUCCCGAAAGGCAGUCGGGCACACAUCACCUUGGGCUGUGCCAGCGGUGUAGAAGCUGUCCAAACCGGCAUUGACCUCCUCGAGUUUGUUAAGCUGGAAAAGGCAGGGAACAAAGGCGAGGAAAUUGGGGAAAUAGGGGGCGGGAGACUUUUGUCCUAUGGGAAUGGCCUGUGGAUGCUCCAGCUUUCUAAAAAGAUUGAGGUGAGGUGUGUCUUUUCUGGGUACUAUGGAAAGGGGAAACUGGUGCCAACUCAAGGGGGGAGUAAGCGGGGCUCCCCUUUUAACGCCUGCAUCAUCAUCUAAGGGCCCUUCUUGCUACCGCAGCCUUUAUCCGUUGGCAGCAAUGUGCAACCUUUUUAUAAACAACUCCCCAAGCCACACACAUCCAAGUAUCGUCCUCCAACUAAAGCCAACUCUUGUUAAACUCUAGCUUAGCUGGUCUCUUCAGAGAAAUUUAUUCUCGUUCAGGGAAAAACACCACUAGAGGCCGGUAAUGGAAAAUUAGCGCAUUUGUUAUAUGUGUGAAGUAAGAUUAAUGCAACUGGAUUGGUGGUGGUUUUUUGUUUUUUUUAAAGCAUUUGUUUUGUUUUAAAGGUAGAGAAACAUCCUUUAAGCAUGGCCACUGCUUGUAAAUCCACUAGACCUUGUGCUGUUAGGGCUCUGGCAGAAUGAAGUGGUAGAAUGGGUUAUAUCACGUCAGACUGCAAAUGUUUAUGUGUGAGAAGUUAAUUUUUUCCCCUCAACAGUCUCUGCAAGUAGAAAGCCAGCAGAGCAAGGAAAAGGUGAGGCAAGAACCAUGCUGGUUUGUUAUUUGCAGGGGACAUAUUUACAGAGGGGUAUAUUCAAAUUAAUAAUUAUUUAAUAAAAAUAUUUGUACCCCGCCCAUCGGACUGGGUUGCCCCAGCCACUCUGGGUAGCUGAUGUGAUUCACCUGUAGUAUGAAGUGGUACAAUCCAUUCUCACACACACACCCCCACGUUCUGCUGAGUAGGUAGGCCCAAUCUGCCUGGUUUGGGAUCUCACACUGCUCCCCCAGAAAUCUGUGAAAUGCAGAUUGAAAGGAAUAAAGGAAAAGUUCCGUGCAACGGCCUUGGAUUUGCUGGAUUCAGAUCUCAGCUUAGUUACAGUGGUUUAAUAGCAUCUCUCUUCAGUCACUUCAUUUCCGAAAGGGUUUCAAAAGCUAGAACUGGAUCAGCAGUUAAUCUGCUGCAAGGACCAACAGGGUUCUUGUGAAGUCAAGAUCGUCCGUAAAUCCUAACAUGAAGUGUAUUUAAUCAAGGACUUAUAUGUCAGUUUGUGUACAGCAAAUGACCCCCCACCCCCAAAUUUUAAGUUGGUCAAGACAGUGGUGGAACCUGUGCCUUUCUGCUAGCAUGUGAACACAGACAAGUGCUAUACAGAGAUUUAUAUGGCACAGUCUUGUGCAUAUUUACUCAGCCACCCCAUUGAGUUUAAUGUGAUUUAUUUCAGGGAAGUUUGACUGGCGCCUUCAUUAUAUACCUUUAGGAGCCAGGCAAAAACAUUCCUUUUUAAUCAGGCCUUUGGUUGACCUGAUGGACACCCCAUACCCUUUUAAAAUGUGGCUCUUUUUUGGGGGGGGGGUACUAUUGGGUUAUUGUGUUAUUUUGAUUUUAUAUAUUGUGAUCUUUUCAGCGAAACCUCCAGGUAUAGGGCGGUAUAUAAAUUCAAUAAAUAAAAAUAUAAAUAAUAAAAUUAUUCUCAGAUACAUAUGUAGAGUCUCAGCCAGCAUGACCAAUCCAACAACACAACGGCCACAGGUUCCCCAUCUCUCUCCUCUGGAUACAUCGGAUUCUGAAUAAAUAAAGGUACUGUUUAGUUUUUAUAUCUGCCUUGUAUGCAGACUAGUAUGCAGGUCUUCAGUUAAAACAGACGUAUGAGACAAGUGCAGCGUAUUUUUUUUACAACUCGGCUGGAUCAUGGUUAGACUCUUGACAGUGGCCUCUUUAAAUAUAGAAAUAAAAUUCCCAGCCACUCUUAUGCAAGAUAUUUUAUUUUUAUUUUGUGAAUAGAACUGCUGCUCACUUACUGAAUAUUUCAGUUUCCUAUUAAAUAUCCUCCUCUCGCCUUGCAACUUUGACAUGUCCUGUUGAGCACGUUGUUUACCUGACUGCAUUCCAGCAAUAGUUAUGUACGACAUUUGAGCACGCUGUUUUUUUAUCAAGUACAGUGGUACCUCAGUUUAAGAACAGUCCGGUUUAUGAACGAUUCGGUUUACAAACUCUGCAAAACCGGAAGUAGUGUCCCGGUUUGCGAACCUUUACCUCGGUCUAAGAACGGAAUCUGAACAGUGGAAGGGCACCGGAGGCGGGAGGCAUCAUUAGGGAAAGCGCACUUCGGUUGAAGAAUGGUUUCGGUUUAAGAACGGACUUUUGGAACGGAUUAAUUUUGUAAACUGAGGUACCACUGUACAUGCAGAAAUCUGUAGUGGGUGCUUUUACUUUCUGUUUGAAGUUGUACAAAGCACAGGAUCUAAAAUACCUCCCACUCCAGAGUUGGCUCAUUUAUGCUACUAGAAGACCAGGGUUUUUCCCCACCCCUCAGUGCUUAUUCUUGUAUAACCUCACUGAAUAAUGACUCUCACUUGGGGCAAAGAAGAGGAAAGAGCAGCUCUGAGCUAAAUCGUGGGAACAGCUUGGAAGUAAAAUACACCUACUGCUUUGUUCAUGUGAAUGCUCCUAAGAGUAAUAUGAGCAAGUGCCUGGCAUGGGAUUGAACUUGAAACAGAAGGUUUAAACUUGCUCUAAACCAGGCAUAGGCAAACUCAGCCUGCCAGAUUUUUUGGGACUACAACUCCCAUCAUCCCUAGCUAACAGGACCAGCAGUCAGGGAUGAUGGGAAUUCUAGUCCAAAAGCAGCUGGAGACCCAACAUUAGGAAACACUGAUUUAAAGCAAGAUGGGUCUUUUCGGUUUGUACAAUUGUAAGUCUAAUUCACUUGAAUGUUUAGUUACACAAGGUGGGGGGGAAUUGGUUAUGCUAACUGUCGCUCAGGAAACAUCCAUCACAUCAUCAUAACUUGUAUUUGUGCAUAAUACCUGUGCCAGAUUAAGAUUUCACAUACUGGUUAUCUAAUGGUCAAGUUUCUGUUAAUAUGUCUGUCUUGAAUACAGUCAAAUCCUUAUUUUUACUUAUGAGGAAAGUAGUACAUCUUUGUGGUUCUGACUGGUGUAACUUUUUAUUUAUUUAAAAAAAUACCUUUUAACUCUGAUCCAGGGCCAAAUAGGAGCUUAAGACUCAUAGCAACUGUAAAAUAUACUUAAAUAAAUCUGUUAUUAAUAUACAGAAAUGUUUGCUGAGUUUAUACUUAAAAGAAAGCUGCUUGCUCAAGCCAUCACUAGGUGAACUUUGAGGUUACACAGAUAGAAGCCGAGGGCAUCGUCACUGGGUACCCAAAUUGGCAAUUACUUGCUACCAGAGAUUUUCUCUUGGAAAUGAGCCACAAGAGGGGCCAAACUCCCCAAUAGACUUUCUCUUGCAGUUUGUGGGUCUCUCGGAGAGUGCUUUUCAUGUGAUAUUCAUGUGCCAGAAGGGUAUCUCGGGGGGGGGGGGGAGAGAGUAAGAAUUGGUGCUUGGUGAGAGAUUUGGGUUUUGUUCUAUUGUAAUUUUUUUUUGUAUGCCAACUUUCCCAAAGCACCUGAGUAUAUACUCCCCUUCUGCAAAUGACCUGAAGACCAGGUCAAGGCCUCUCCCGAAGAAUCAUUUUUUUGUCCUCUCCCACCCUCAGUGCCAGCAAAGGGAAAAUGAGCUACACACCAUAUAACUUAAAAUUUGGGCACCAAAGAUUUCUUGGGAUGGGCUCUACGGUUGCUACUCAUUCAAUCCAGCUUCAUACCACCACAUUCACACGAAACCUCAGCAGUGUCCAAUCUAUUCAAGGAAGCAAAAGUCACCAGUGAGAUCUGGAUUGUUUUAUUUUUUAUUUUGUACAUCAUAUACAGUUUAUAAUAAAGUUAAUAUCAAUUGCAUACGGUUUUUGCUUCAGUCUGGUUUGAAAUUUUCUGCAUAUAAACACAUGAAUCCUGCCUAACAAAACAGUCACCAGUUUUUGUUCUCCGCUAAUCAUCUUCAUUUUGGAAAGGUGAAAGAGUUCAAGUGGGACAGUGUGUUACUUAAUCCAAGUGUGAAGCCAUCCCCAGGAGAGAGGGGGAAGUGGGGUGUCGCUCUAAAAGAGAUCAUGCAACAAACGUUUUAACAGGGGAAGGCUAGAUCCUCACACGGAGGCAAAAUAGAGUAUGUUGAAUAUUUCUAGCUAAAUGGCCUCAGCUCCAAAUGGCUUCAGCACUGGUUUUACCUGUCCUUUUCUCAGGCGGAAGUUCCAAAAAGGAUGCAGUGCAUGCAAGGAAAUAUAAGGCAGUGCACAGAAAUAAAAAGUGUGUGUGUCUUUUGGGGUGGGGGAAAACAGAAUUAGAAACGUCGAGGCAAAAUGGCGAGCUUUCCUAGAAAACUUCGCCCUUGAGCGCAGUGGCUCACAAGCAAGGUGGAAGCUGCCCCAGGUCUCUCUACUUGGAAAAGGUCCCCUGGUUUUUCCUCGCUUCCCACUGAGGCUUAAGUGCACAUUACAAAACAAAGCCAGCGCAGCAGGGAGAAAAGCUCAAGCCCGCCUCCGAGCCAGUUCUGAAUGCAAUCCCCACCUGAAACCAGCUUGCUCUACUUUCAGGUCGCACACAGAUAAAGAUGGCGAGGCAGAGCCUACGGGGGCCAUCAGCAACAAAACAUUCUGGUAGCUCUUAAAUGCAAUGCGAAUAAACUCAAAAAUAAACUUAAGAAUGAGAUGCAUAAGUUUAAAAUGCCACGUUAGGUGUGGAGGAUUUUCAGCAGCAGAUCCUACAGUUCCUGCUUGCUCCUUUUAACAUAUAAUCAAAAACCUAUGAGGCCUCCUUAGUGGAAUGGAAGCAGACCUUCAGGUAGUCAGAAACACACGAU